CUACACUUUUUCAAAAAAAUCAAAAUUGCUUGUACAUUCUGAUACAUAUAUUACGAAAAUACAUAAUACCACCGUUAUUCGUAUACCUUGUACUAGCAUAUCAUCUCACCAUGGGGGACUCACAAGCACAGGAGAACAUUUAUCUGUUCUAUCCGAAUCUCAUCGGGUUCGCACGCAUAUUCCUCGCCUUGGGUGCAUUUUGGUUCGCCGAAGUCGAUCCAUUCGCCACCUUUUGGCUGUACGCACUGUCCUGUUUCUUGGAUGCUUUUGAUGGUUUGGCGGCCCGUCACUUUGACCAGAGUACACUGCUAGGAGCGGCUCUGGAUAUGCUUACGGACAGAUGCGCAACCACAUUAAUGUUGGUGCAGUUAGCAUGCAUGUACGGUGCACAGCUGGGUCGACGUGAGAUUACGUUCACGUUCCAGUGUCUCAUCGCUUUGGAUAUUGUAUCCCACUGGAUGGUUAUGCUGGUGACAAGCAUCACGGGAGCAAAGUCACACAAGGAUCAGAAUCAACCACUUCUUCGACUUUACUACUACAAGCCCAUCCUUUUCACUAUGUGUGCUGCAAACGAUGGGUUCUUUGUCUGUCUGUAUAUGCUGUGGUUUAGCGAAGGUAUUGAAGUACCUUAUACCGACGGCAUGGGGUUAUACAGAGUACUCUUGUACGCAUGUGCGCCUCUAUGCGUAUUGAAACAACUCUUGAAUGUAAUACAGCUGCUACAGGCGACAUCUGAUCUGGCCGCCAUUGAUCUUAAGCGACGAGCAGAUGCAAGGGCGUUGAAGAAAAAUUAGAAAGAUGAUAAACCUGUAUUGAAUGUUCAUACGUAUUUAUGUAUUUAUUCGAGUAAACUUAAAGAAAGCA